AUAACCUACUUGUUUUGUACUUGUCUAGUAAGAUGGCAACAGCUAUGGACACUGGGGCGGGCGCAUCAGCGCCGGCGGUGCCGCAGGGCGACCGCACCUCCGCCGACUACUACUUUGACUCCUACAGCCACUUCGGCAUCCACGAGGAGAUGCUGAAGGACAGCGUCCGCACGCGCACCUACAUGAACGCCAUCCUCAACAACGCCUAUCUGUUCAAAGACAAGAUUGUGCUGGACAUCGGCUGCGGUACAGGCAUCCUGUCGCUCUUCAGCGCUAAGGCGGGCGCCAAGCACGUGUACGGCAUUGAGUGCAGCACCAUUGCGGAGCAGGCGACUCAGAUUGUCAAGGACAACAAGUUCGACGACCGCGUCACCAUCAUCAAGGGCAAGGUGGAGGAGGUGACGCUGCCUGUUGACAAGGUGGACAUCAUCAUCUCGGAGUGGAUGGGCUACUUCCUGUUCUACGAGUCCAUGCUGGACACCGUGAUCUACGCGCGCGACAAGUGGCUGGUGCCGGGUGGCAUCAUCAUGCCCGACAAGGCCACGCUGUCGCUGUGCGCCAUCGAGGACGGCGAGUACAAGCACGACAAGAUUGAGUUCUGGGACAAUGUGUACGGCUUCAACAUGAGCUGCAUCAAGCAGCUGGCCAUUGCGGAGCCGCUGGUGGACAUUGUGGAGCCCGACCAGAUUGCCUCCACCAUCCAGACGGUGGUGUCAGUGGACAUCAGCACCAUGAAGAAGGAGGACGCCACCUUCACAGUGCCCUACGAGCUGACCAUGACCCGCAACGACUACGUGCAUGCACUGGUGGGUUUCUUCGAUGUGUCCUUUACGCGCGGCCACAAGCCCCUCAGCUUCACCACCUCGCCGCGGGCCCGCGCCACGCACUGGAAGCAGACGGUGUUCUACCUUGAGGACACGCUGAUGGCGAGCAAGGACGAGACCAUCAGCGGCAAGCUUGAGUGCAAGCCCAACGCCAAGAACCCGCGCGACCUGGACAUCUCCAUCGCCUACGAGUUCGAGGGCGAGCGGGGGCAAGUCAAGAACACCCAGCAAUACCGCAUGCGCUAAGCCGCCAUGUUGGUGCUUGCAGCGUGUGCCGGGAAAGCGCGCGCGCGCUGUAUCCGGACCGUACCUUGGCGCGUGUAGAUGAGCCGCCCUGUACGUUUGUGGGAGAGUGCGAGAGUGGAGAGUGAAAGCGAGAGCUGUGGGCAUGUGCAUGUGGGCGUGUGUAUACAGCUAGCCCAGUGCGGGGCGUGUGCUGCUUUGGUGUGUGUGCCGAGAGCGUGUGCCUCAUCAGAGGUUGAGUGGUUGAGGUAUGUGGGUACCCAGUGCGUUUUAUGCAGUGAUUGCGCAGGCGCGCAAUUGUGGGCAUAACAGCAAGCCGAGUCAGGCCCGUCGGUGUCAUGUGUACUGGCUCUCCACGGCUUUGCUUGGCUGCCAGCCAUGUAUGCUGUUUUUGUGCACGUGACACGCACGUCGCGGAUCGCGCUACGGAUGUGGGUAUAACAAACAGAUUGAUGCCAUACGAGAAAUACUCGGAUAUGACUUGUGGUUCGUACCAGGAGGCAUUGCAUGCGCAGCGGUGCUAGCAGUGUUAUCCAUGUUAGUGACACUUCAUCGGACCGCGAGUGUAUGCUAUUUCAUUCCGGAUGUGCAAGUGUCGAGUAUGGCAGUAUUGAUGAUGAGUUUUGGGCUGAGCCACGGAGCGCAGCGAUUCAAAGUCAGGGGGCGUACUAGGACAUUUACGGGCGCGGCUAUUGCCCUCACAAUACUGGUGAAGC